AUGGCAGUUCUGUCGCCCGCUACUUUUGGGAGCCGAUACACUUCUUGGGCAAAGACUAGCUUGGACGCGGUUUCACGCUCUGUGAAGAGCGGUAUCAUUUCUCCUGCAGUGGACCCCUACACUUACAGAAGCAACACACUUUAUACUAUUGGCAGUCCAGAGGGAAAAGCAUGGGCAUUGAUGUUACAUGCAACUCACUGA